CAGACACUCACUAACUCAUUUCUGAGUCUCUCUCUCUCUCUUUCUCUCUCUCCCUUUCUCGCACAUCUCACCUAAGAAACAACCGGUUGAACCCUAACGUGUGUGUAUGCGUUUUUGAAAAGUGAGACACACACAACACAGUGUAUGGUUUUUUGAUUCUUCGUAGGUUAUGGCAUCCGACACUGCUUCUCGUUCGAGUUCCGCGGCCGAUUCCUACAUUGGAUGCUUGAUUAGUUUAACAUCAAAGAGUGAGAUCAGAUACGAGGGCGUUCUCUAUAAUAUCAACACCGAUGAGUCCAGUAUUGGCCUCAGAAACGUGCGCUCUUUUGGAACUGAAGGAAGGAAAAAGGAUGGUCCACAAAUACCUCCUGGUGACAAAGUCUAUGAGUAUAUACUGUUCCGUGGGACGGACAUCAAGGAUUUACAGGUGAAAUCCUCUCCACCUGCCCCGCCUACUGCACCAAUAAACACCGAUCCAGCUAUUAUUCAGUCUCAGUAUCCUCGUUCAGCCCCGACAUCUACGAGUAUACCAGCUGUAAGUGGAUCUUUGACUGAUCUUAGUUCUCAUACAAAUCAGCUUGGACACCCAGGGUCAAAUUUUCAAGGGCCUUUGUAUCAACCUGGAGGAAAUGUAGGGUCAUGGGGAGCUUCUUCACCUGCUCCAAAUGCAAAUGGUGGUGGGCUUGCUAUGCCAAUGUAUUGGCAAGGAUAUUACGGUGCCCCAAAUGGACUUCCUCAGUUACAUCAGCAAUCUUUGCUUCGACCUCCGCCUGGCUUAUCUAUGCCUUCAUCUAUGCAGCAGCCAAUGCAGUUUGCCAAUUUCAGCCCCUCUUUACCAACUGGGCCUUCAAAUUUUCCAGAAUUCCCACCAUCUUUCCUCCCUGUGGGUACUAGUUCACCUAAUAUAACAUCUACUUCUGCACCUCCAUCGAAUCUUCCAUCAAUGUUACCUCCAGCACCUUCGGCUACACUAGCUCCUGAAACUUUCCAAGUAUCAGUUCCAAACAAGGCACCAACUGUAUCACUUCCUGCAGUCACACUAGCUACUAAUUUACCAUCGCUAGCUCCUUUUACCAAUGCUGGUCCUGAUGUAAAUGCUGCAGUGCCAUUGGUCAAUAAAUCUAAUGCAAUUUCAGGCUCAAGUUUGUCGUACCAAACACCCCAGCCGACUCCUGCAAUUGUUGGCUCUUCAAAUUCUAUCCGCACAGAACCACCUGCCCCUUCUCUUGUAACCCCAGGUCAAUUAUUGCAGUCUGGACAAACCGUUGUAUCUUCAUCCCAGCCUUCACAAAUACCACAUAAGGAUGUUGAAGUGGUUCAGGUGUCAUCAGCACCACCUCCAGAACCAUCUGUGCCCGUUGAUGCUGAAUCUCAGCCACCAAUUCUUCCAUUGCCAGUGACUUCACAACGGCCAAGUCACAGGCCCAGUGGAGCUCCUAUCCAAACUCAUCAUGGCUAUGGUUAUAGGGGGCGCGGAAAUGGAAGAGGAAGAGGACCUGGGGGUUUUCGCCCAUCUGAAAGAUUCACUGAGGACUUUGACUUCAUGGCAAUGAAUGAGAAGUUCAAAAAGGAUGAAGUAUGGGGUCACCUAGGUAAAAGCAACAAGUCUCAUUCAAAAGAGAAAGACGGGGAAGAAAAUGCCAGCGAUGAAGAUGGCGGUGAAUAUGAAGACAAUCACGAAGUAUCAAACUCAGAGACUAAGCCUGUUUAUAACAAGGAUGAUUUCUUUGACUCACUCUCCUGCAACUCGCUCAAUCACGAUUCACAAAAUGGAAGGCUUAGAUAUUCUGAACAAAUCAAGAUUGAUACUGAGACAUUUGGUGAUUUUACAAGGCAUCGUGGUGGCUGGGGUGGCCGUGGUCCAUGGCGCGGUGGUGGUGGACGUGCUCGAGGUGGUUAUUAUGGCAGGGGAUAUGGCUAUGCCGGAAGAGGACGGGGGCGUGGCCCAUUCGGCGGUCGUAAUUAGAUGGAGGCUGCAAUGCUAAGUUGUGGUGGUAGGGAGGAAAGGAACAAAAGGCAAAGCCACCCACUUAAAGCGGCGUUUAUUGAAGCUAAGCAUAGCUUCAAUAUUGUGAUUUCUGUUGUUCUAUUUGGUCAUAGAAUAAGUAGCACAGUUUUUCUGGUCAUGUUGACACCUUAUUAUUACCCUAAAGUACCUGGUUUGGUUUGGUAGAAAGAUUUUUUUUCUCUACCAUUUUCUUUAUUUUUAUUCAUAUAUCUGGAAGGGACAAAUACUAGGCAAGUUUCUUGCGGUAUAUUGUUUAUGUAUGUGCUUAAUCAGCAAGUUUUUCUAUUUCUGAGACAGUUCAGAAUUGUUUUGCAUUGUAAAUGCAAAUGACAAGUUUAUUUAAGACUAAGUGGUUCAUUAUUUUGUUAAGUUA